AUAUUGGCUGCUCUAGGCAGAGUGAGCAAUCAUGAAGGCCUUAAUUUUCCUUGCUUUCCUUGGAGCUGCUGUUGCUCUCCCUCUGGAUGAUGAUGAUGACAAGAUUGUUGGAGGCUAUACCUGCCAGAAGAAUUCUCUCCCAUACCAGGUGUCUCUGAAUGCCGGCUACCAUUUUUGUGGAGGCUCCCUCAUCAAUUCCAAGUGGGUUGUUUCAGCCGCUCACUGCUACAAAUCCCGAAUUCAGGUGCGCCUGGGAGAACACAACAUUGAUGUCGUUGAGGGUGGUGAGCAAUUCAUUGAUGCAGCUAAAAUCAUCCGCCACCCCAACUAUAAUUCAAACACCCUUGACAAUGAUAUCAUGUUGAUUAAGCUGAAUUCACCUGCCACCCUCAACUCUCGAGUGUCCGCUGUCUCUCUGCCAAGAUCUUGUGCAUCAUCUGGUACUAAGUGCCUUGUGUCUGGCUGGGGCAACACCCUGAGCUCUGGCACGAACUACCCUUCACUGCUUCAGUGUCUUGAUGCUCCUGUCCUCUCUGACAGUUCUUGCAAAAGUGCUUACCCAGGCAAGAUCACUAGCAACAUGUUCUGUCUGGGCUUUCUGGAGGGCGGAAAGGACUCCUGCCAGGGUGACUCUGGUGGCCCCGUAGUCUGCAAUGGCCAGCUCCAGGGUGUUGUUUCCUGGGGUUAUGGCUGUGCUCAGAAAGGAAAACCUGGUGUCUACACCAAGGUAUGCAACUACGUGAACUGGAUUCAGCAGACCGUCGCUGCCAACUAAACGCCUUUAUGUCUUUAUAACCCAUCUCUUUGUAGUCGAAUCCACCUUCUUUGUAUGCCCCAAGUCAUUCUCACAAGAAAAACCUAUUGUUUUAUCACAUCUGUCUGUGUUGUUUUUUCCCUUGAUAAGGACAAACUUUCUCUUUAAAAUUGCUGCCAAUGAGAAAAUGUAUAGAGAGUUCUACUAUUUUAUAAAGAUAAUUAGAAAGGUUAUUUAGUAUUUCA